GACUGACGACAUGAAAAGAAGAAGACGUAAUUGUUAACUUGCUGCGUUUUACAAUAAUAAAUUCAAUUAAUAUAUGCACAUAAAUGAUAACGUUUAUUGCAAAAGUGUGAAUACAUUACAUUUAGAAUGUCUCGCCAGAAAAAGAGGCCUGCGUACGUUGUGGAGGAGCAGGAAACAUUUGAGGCAGCUGGCUCCACAUCACAGGAGAGUAUUAGCAUUGGAAGUGUCAUAGACGAUAUACCCAUGGAGCCGAUGGCCUUUCUGCACGGUCUAAACUCAGGCAAUUUGAUGCAAUUUAGUCAGCAAUCAGUUUUGCGUGAAAUGAUGCUGCAGGAUAUCAAGACACAGAUAAGCUCGUUGCCCAAAUUGGAGAAUCACAACAAUGGCGAUUAUCAUUUUAGCAUGGUAUUGGAGGAGCCGCCUAAGUCGCACUGGAUGUUUUCGAUGCCAUUGAACAAGCUGUAUAUACGCAUGAAUAAAACAUUCAAUAUUGAUGUUAAGUUUAAAACCAAAAUGCCAAUUCAGCCGCUAAAUUUGCGAGCAUUUCUGUGCUUCGUUAAAGAUGUCAGUGGACCAGUGCUGCGCUGUCAGAAUCAUUUGAGCACUGAUCCCAUUAAGGCUAAUCAGAGCAUGCGCGAAAGUCUGCUGCGCUGUGAGAAUCCGAAUACAACAUAUUGCGGCACGUCUGAUGGGAAGAGUAUUGGCGAAAGAUACUCUGUACUUGUGCCAUUGAACAUGAGUCGUUCCAGCCAACACAGCGGUGGCUUAGUACGUCAAACGUUGGCAUUUAGUUUUUCCUGUCAAAAUUCAUGCUUUGGCCGCAAAGAAACUUGUUUGGUUUUUUGCUUGGAGAACAGCAAUGGGGAUAUACUAGGUCAGCAGGUGUUAUAUUUGAAAAUUUGCACUUGUCCUAAGCGCGAUCGUAAUCAGGACGAACGACAGCUGGAGAAGACCAAAAUGAGAUUAUUGUCAGAUGCUGCUGAAGAUGAUGAAGUGGAUGGACCGAAUGCCAAAAGAAAAUAUCGCCCCACAACAUUGAAUGACGACGUUAAAGAGGAAAAUGAAAGCAAUGAUAGCACCGAUAUACUACAUGUACCUGCUGAUUGGCAAGUUUCCCGUACAAUAGACGGAAACUAUCGUCUGGUUAUCAAGUGUGAACAAAAGGAUUUGCUGCUGCAGAGCAUCGAGGGCAUUAUAGAAAAGGCGGCCGUUGCCUUGCUACGAAAUCCACAAAGUACAAAACUGCACCAGCAUGCGAACCAUUUGUUGAAUUUAAAAAAAUGUGCCCUAAAGUUGCCCUAAUUUGGAUCGUUGGCAGUACAAUAAUUAGUAUUACUUAAAUU